AAAAAAAAUUGUUGUUGUAAAUAACAGUUAUGGACCGUGAAAAUAAACUACUGAAUGAAGAUGAUGAUAUUGAAAGCUAUACCGGGAAGGACAUGUAUGAGAGGGUGUGCAGUCAACCCCUUUUGACUAAGAGACGCAACACCACUUCCCAGAUCGCCAUCGUAGGUGUCAAUGCUUGUCCAGUGGAGAGCCUUGAUUAUGAGAUAAUAGAAAAUGAAUUAUUCAAGCAAGAUUGGAGAUCAAGGAAGACGGUCCAAAUAUUUCAAUAUGUUCUGCUUAAAUGGGCAUUUGCACUUAUUAUAGGGCUCUUCACUGGACUAGUUGGGAUCUUUAACAAUAUAGCAGUUGAGAAUAUCUCUGGGUUCAAGCUGCUAAUGACCACGGGACUCAUGCUGAAGCACCAAUACUACAAGGCUUUUGCAGCACUUGCUGGCUGCAAUUUAGCUCUGGCAGCAGCAGCUGCAGCACUUUGUGCUUAUAUUGCUCCAGCAGCAGCAGGUUCUGGUAUUCCUGAGGUGAAAGCCUAUCUCAAUGGUGUGGAUGCUCAUUCAAUACUGGCUCCAAGUACUCUCUUUGUCAAGAUUUUUGGAUCAAUUCUUUGUGUGUCUGCUGGAUUUGUCGUUGGCAAAGAAGGGCCUAUGGUUCAUACAGGUGCUUGCAUAGCUUCUUUAAUCGGACAAGGAGGUUCCCGAAAAUAUCAUUUGACUUGGAAAUGGCUUAGAUAUUUCAAAAAUGAUCGUGACAGACGGGACCUGAUUACUUGUGGGGCUGCUGCUGGUGUGGCUUCUGCCUUUCGUGCUCCAGUUGGCGGUGUACUAUUUGCCCUCGAAGAGGCAGCGUCAUGGUGGAGGAGUGCUCUUCUUUGGAGAACCUUUUUCACAACAGCAGUAGUUGCUAUAGUUUUGAGAGCUUUCAUACAAUUAUGCUCUACUGGAACUUGUGGCUUGUUUGGGGAAGGAGGACUAAUCAUGUAUGAUGUCAGUGCGGCCAAAGUUUCAUAUAGUGUGCCAGAUAUACUGGCUGUGAUACUUCUAGGAGUUAUUGGAGGCAUUUUUGGAAGCUUAUAUAACUAUCUUGUGGAUAAGGUCCUUCGCACUUACAGCUUGAUUAAUGAAAAAGGACCUGCUGCUAAGAUUCUACUUGUUGUUACCAUCUCCCUGUUAACAUCUAUCUGUUCUUAUGGCUUGCCAUGGUUUGCUACAUGCAUCCCCUGUCCCGCUGAAGUUUCUUCAAGAUGCCCCAACAUUGAUGUAUCUGGCAACUACAAAAGCUUUCAGUGUCCGCCAAAUCAUUACAAUGAUAUGGCCUCCCUCUUUCUAAACACUAAUGACGAUGCCAUCCGUAACCUAUUGAGUACCAGCACUUCAAAAGAAUUUCAUCUCUCCACCCUUUUCAUCUUCUUCUGUGCUGUUUACUGCCUUGGAAUUAUCACCUACGGCAUAGCUAUCCCAUCGGGGCUCUUCAUUCCUGUCAUAUUGGCAGGGGCUGGCUAUGGCCGCUUUGUUGGUAGACUAUUUGAACCAAUUACUAAACUCGAUGUUGGUCUGUUUGGGCUCCUUGGGGCAGCUUCCUUUCUUGGUGGCACUAUGAGAAUGACGGUUUCCCUGUGUGUUAUACUGCUUGAGCUCACUAAUGAUCUGCUGAUGCUUCCGCUUGUCAUGCUGGUUCUCCUUAUCUCAAAAACCAUGGGCGAUAUGUUUAAUCAUGGAGUCUAUGACCAAAUAGUAAAACUAAAAGGUUUGCCAUAUAUGGAAGCUCAUGCAGAACCUUACAUGAAACAUUUAGUCGCUCGAGACAUUGUUUCUGGUCCUCUGAUCACCUUUUCUGGUGUCGAGAAGGUAGGAAACAUAUUACAUGCUUUGAAAACGACAGGGCAUAAUGGAUUCCCUGUUAUUGACGAACCACCUUUUGCAGACUCGCCAGAAUUGUGUGGGCUUGUUCUAAGGUCUCAUUUACUCGUUUUACUGAAGGGAAAGAUAUUUUCAGGGCAUAGGGUACUUGCAGGAGAUGAGGUAGUGCGUAGAAUCUCCGGAUUUGACUUUGCCAAGACAGGGUCAGGAAAGGGAGUCAAGUUAGAGGAUCUCGACAUCAAAGACGAGGAUAUGGAAAUGUAUGUCGAUCUCCAUCCUAUCACCAACGCAUCACCGUACACAGUGGUUGAGACCAUGUCACUUGCCAAAGCCGCUGUUCUCUUCCGUCAACUAGGUCUCCGGCACAUGUGUGUGGUACCAAAGGGUCAGGGGAGGCCUCCGAUCGUCGGAAUCCUGACCCGACACGACUUUCUGCCGGAGCAUAUUUUGGGACUGUACCCUCACAUGAGUCGUCGAAAAUGACUAUGAAAGAGCUUCGAUUGGUGGGUUAGUGUUCCGUUUUGGGUUCCAAUGUGAAGUAUUUAAAACUACGUCCAAACUUUGAUGGAAGGAAAGCAAAAUCAUCCAUUAUAGAACUUGUUGAAGAGCCAUUUCAGAGAAAAAUAUUUAUAGCGCAAGAAAA